AUGGUCACAACCCUGUCAAGCAAGAUAAGUUUAUUGCGCUUUCCAAGUCAAUCAGAGGAUGCGAAUGAAAUGUGGGUGAACAUGCCAAAAACCAUUAGAACAGUAGCAAAAGAGACCUUGGGGGUGUCUUCGGAGGGGAAGAAGCAGAUUUUUAAGUUGGCAAGGACUAGGUCUAGGCAACGGCAAGACUUAGAGGCAGUGAAAUACAUCAAGGAUGAGGGAGGACGAGUCCUCCUUAGACAAGAGAACCUCAAAACCAGAUGGCUACAGUAUUUCUCUCAGCUUCUCAAUGAGUCUAGUGGGCCAAAGGAGACGGAUAAUCAAAUUUUUGACGUUCAAAGACCACUGAAAUAUGGGUCAAUGAAUGAUAUUACCACAGGAAAAGUAAGCGAAGCUCUCAAAAAAAUGGGGAGAACAAAGGCAGUCGAGCCAGAUAACAUCCCAAUUGAGGUGUGGAGGGGUUUAGGAGAGGAGGGCAUUAGUUGA